UGCACUUACCUUCUUCUCUCUUUCUCUCGCUCACUCACUCACAUUGGGGGAGAAAAGAUUUGAUCUUUUAGUGAAGUUUUAGGAGGGAAAAUCCAAAACAAAGAAGAGAGAAACGAAAACCUUCCUUAAAGUGUCCGAUUCAUUACUGGACUGACCCAUAAGUGAAAAAAAGAGGGACCCCAAUAUAAUAACCUCUUUGUCUUUGGUGGUUUAGCCAUUGAAGAAACGAAGCAGAGGAGAAAAAGAAAAUUAACAGAGUUGGAAGAAAGAAUGUUCGCAGCGGAGAAUGGACUCAAAGGGGACCCGAGGCUACAAGCCAUAUCUGACGCCAUUAGAGUGGUUCCUCACUUCCCAAAACCAGGGAUUAUGUUCCAAGACAUAACAACGUUGUUGCUGGAUCACAAAGCGUUCAAGGAUACCGUCGACAUAUUUGUCGAUCGCUACAGAGACAUGGAUAUAUCUGUCGUUGCGGGAGUUGAAGCAAGAGGAUUCAUGUUCGGUCCAUCAAUUGCCUUAGCCAUUGGUGCAAAGUUCGUUCCUCUGAGAAAACCCAGGAAGUUGCCAGGUGAAGUAAUUGCUGAAGCUUAUGACUUGGAGUAUGGAAGUGACUGCUUAGAGAUGCACGUUGGUGCUGUUCAGCCUGGUGAACGUGUUAUAGUAAUUGAUGAUUUGGUAGCAACGGGGGGAACUCUGUCAGCUGCCAUAAGACUCUUAGAACGCGUUGGUGCUCAAGUGGUCGAGUGUGCAUGUGUUAUUGGACUCCGCGAGGUCAAGGGGCAACGUAGACUUAAUGGAAAGCCACUUUAUAUUCUUGUGGAGCCACGUGAGAUAGAUGGAUGUUAUUAAGAGAUAAGUGAUGCAUGAGCAACCUUUGGUGGUUAAUAUCUCCUGGCCAAGGGCAUAUGGUGUCCUCGCAAGGCUCGUUUUGUAUGAUUCUUUUUUCUUGUUAGAGUUGUGUAUCGUUGUCCUUAGGCUUCAAUUUAUGUUCCCAUCCACAAAAUUAUGAACAAAACAUGAAUGAAGAAAUGCUGUUUUCUCCA